UUCAAAACGUCAAUAACAUAACCUCAAUGUUUCGUAUUGAUUGACUUUACAUGCAGGCCGGGCGACUAGCUAUAUAAGUAUAAUUAUGUUCUUUAAAAUGGUAUAACUGCCUGCAGUAUAGUGUGUUAACCAGUGCUUUUCUUAAGACAAUCGCUGUGUGUUCUUAGUUAGAAUAGUUCCUAAAGACUUAUAAACCUGUUGCGGAGAAUAUAACCAUCACGUGUACGAUUACCUUAUUUAUUUAAAAUUAAAAAUGGAUUCUCCCGUAUCUGCCUUCGCUAUGUAUAAAGCAAAUACUUCUUCGAACAAAGCAAAGAAACAAAAGAAAAGGAAUAAAUCAGGGACACAAGUUCAACCAAUUUCUCCGAAACCAUUGCCACCACACCUAACUAAUGAGAAAAGACAGAUGGAACUCGCACAAAAACUUAAAAAGAAACAAAAAAAAUCCAAAGAUCUUAAAAGCAUCACGAAGAAGAAGCUGCAUAAGAAGAAGAAGAAUCGGGAUGAUAAAAAACCUCACUCUAAAGUAAAGAAAGAAGUGCUAAACCAAAGCAGUGCUCCGAGUGAGCAGGAUGACGAACCACCCGUACUUCUUAUGAGGCCGGUCACUGAAACAACAGCUAAUCCUGAAGAAAGUUCCGCAGAUGAAGUGGAAGUUAUUGAUAAUACAGGUGAAGGACAAUUUGAAGAGUUCAAACCAGUACAGACAGACAGUGUGGAAGAAGGACUCAAAGUAUUCCAGUGGAUGAUUGCACCCUAUGACACUGAUGAAUUCUUCAACAAUAUUUGGGAGAAAAAGCCAUUACACAUAGCCAGAGGAAAAUCCAAUUACUACAAAGACAUAUUGACCACACCAGCUAUAGAUGACAUGAUGCGCAAUGAACACAUACAGUUCACUAAAAAUAUAGACAUUACUUCAUACAUUGACGGAAAAAGAGAAACGCACAAUCCAGAAGGGCGGGCCCAUCCACACUUAGUGUGGGACUUCUACUUAAAUGGAUGUAGUAUCAGAUUACUCAAUCCACAAACUUAUAUUUCAAAAUUACAUUUGAUUAAUGCGACUAUGCAGGAAUUCUUCAACUCCUUCGUUGGAGCCAAUGCAUACCUUACACCACCUGAUAGCCAAGGGUUUGCACCACAUUAUGAUGAUAUAGAAGCAUUCAUAUUACAAACAGAAGGUAAAAAACAUUGGAGGAUUUACAAACCGUUAAAUGAAAGUGAGAUCCUCCCUCGUGUUUCUUCCAAAAACUAUGAUCAGGAAGAAAUAGGUAAACCAAUAAUGGAAGUAACUUUAGAAGCAGGAGACAUGCUUUACUUCCCCCGUGGUUACAUUCACCAGGGGGUCACAAUAGAAGGUGAACAUUCUCUCCAUGUUACAAUUAGUAUGUAUCAGAAACAUUCUUGGGGAGAUUUGAUGGAGUUGAUAAUGCCAACUGCACUGCAAACGGCAAUUAAUGAAAAUGUUGACUUGAGGAGAGGCCUUCCGUUUGACAUCUAUGAUCACUUUGGUCUAGUCCACUCAGAUUCAAAGACACCUCGGAGACAAGAAAUAACUAAAGUGAUAUUAAGUCUUUUUGAUAAAAUUAAGAAAUGUUUGCCAAUUGAUGAAGCAGUAGAUCAGAUGCAUACGAAAUAUCUUCGUGCUGCACUACCACCCGUGCUGAAUGACCCAGAGAUGUUGGUGACAGUGUUUGGAGAUACUGAUGUGAUGAUAGAGAAUGGUGUGGUUACAAGGAGAGUGGAAAUUAGUCCAGACACAAGGAUAAGAUUGCUACGUAAGAAUAUUAUUAGAAUGGUGAUGGAAGAUAAAAUUAAAGUAUACUAUAGUGUAGAAAACUCUUUAGAAUACCAUGGAAAUGAGUUGCCUUAUGUUGAAAUAGAGGAUGAAAUGGCUCCAGCAAUAGAAGCUUUGAUAGCUGCAUAUCCAGAUUAUAUUACUGUGGAAAGUCUAGACUUGCCUUCUGAACCCGAGAAGCUCAGUCUAGCUGAUGCGCUGUGGAGUAGAGGAAUAAUUAUGACUGAAUAUCCAAUGGAAGAAGUGGAAGAUUAAAUAAAAUGUACCUGUAAUUGAUUAUGUAUCCGAUUUGUUUUAUUUAUUAUCAUACUUAAACUGUGUAAUCCAUUGAUUAUAAGUAGUAGUGCUGCAAUCUAUUCCAUGUUUUGAUAAAUUUCAAAUUAUAAUGUGUAAGAUAAGUUUAAUCAGUCAAGCAGUUGUGUAGUGAUGAAAAUCUCAUGGAAUCCAAAUAGUAUUAGAUUGUGAUUGCAAUAAAACACUCAGUUUUCUUAAA